AUGUGGGAUCGGAGGCUGGUAAGGUUGGCCUUGUUGCAGCAGCUUCGGGCGGUCUAUGGCAUUAAGGUCAAGAGUGGCCGUGGGCAGUGCGAUCGCAGGAGACAUGAAACAGCAACCACGGAAAUAGUGGGUAAAAUAUUUGGAGUACCUUUUAGUGCAUUGCCCCAUUCUGUUGUACCAGAAUAUGGACACAUUCCAAGUUUUCUUGUUGAUGCUUGCACAUCUCUAGAAGAGCAUAUUCAUACAGAAGGGCUUUUUAGGAAAUCAGGAUCUGUUAUUCGUCUAAGAGCCCUAAAGAAUAAACUGGAUCAUGGUGAAAGUUGCCUAUCUUCUGCACCUCCUUGUGAUGUUGCAGGACUUCUUAAGCAGUUUUUUAGGGAAUUGCCAGAGCCCAUCCUUCCAGCUGAUUUGCAUGAAGCACUCUUCAAAGCUCAACAGUUAGGAACAGAGGAGAAGAAUAAAGCUACAUUGUUACUCUCCUGUCUUAUGGCUGACCACACAAUUGAUGUAUUAAGAUACUUCUUUAACUUUCUCAGGAAUGUUUCACUUAGGUCCAGUGAGAAUAAGAUGGAUAGCAGCAAUCUUGCUGUAAUAUUUGCACCAAACCUUCUUCAGACAAGUGAAGGACAUGAAAAGAUGUCUGCUAACACAGAAAAAAAGCUACGAUUACAGGCUGCAGUGGUGCAAACUCUUAUUGACUAUGCAUCAGAUAUCGGGCAUAUUCCAGAUUUUAUCCAGGAAAAGGUACCAGCUAUGUUGGGUCUUGAUGGUCUCUGUGCUACUCCAUCAUUAGAAGGCUUUGAAGAAGGUGAAUGUGAAACUCCUGGUGAUUAUAAGAGAAAGCGAAGACAAAGUGUAGGAGAUUUUGUUAGUGGAGCAUUGAAUAAACUUAAAUCUAACAGAACACCCUCCGUUACACCUCAACAAGAAAAAAUUGCCCAGGUAUCCAUAUCACCCACGAUUCUUACACCAAAUGCUAAGCGUAAACUGCCAGUGGAUUCCUCUCAUGGUUUCUCAAGUAAGAAGAGGAAGUCCAUCAAGCACAAUUUUAACUUUGAGUUGUUACCAACUAAUCUCUUCAGUAGCAGUUCUACACCAGUAUCAGUUCCCUUUGAUACAAGCCCAGAAGGAUCAUCUCAGAGUUCAGUCUCUCCUAUAACCAUCAGUGGAAACCGUUUGAUUAGUACAGGUGUGCUAAGGCGAAGUAAGAGGAUUGCAGGCAAAAAAGUUUGCAGAGUGGAAUCAGGAAAAGCAGGCUGCUUCUCUCCUAAGAUCAGUCGUAAAGAAAAGGUCCGAAGAUCUCUUCGUUUGAAAUUUAGUCUGGGGAAAAGUAGCAAAGACAUAAAUGGGUGUUCUGGUGUCGACAGACAUGAAAAUGUUGGUCGACGACUUGCAAAUCAACAAAGUUUAAAAAAUGGGAUUGAGUCUAUAAAAACAGGUCUGCUUUUUAGCCCAGAUAUUGAUGAAAGAUUAACAAAGAAAGGUUCAAAAAAGAUCCAUAAAUCUGACGAAAACUUAUUAACUCCAGAGCGUCUAGAUGGAACAAGUUACCGGAUGUCUUGGACAGGACCUAGUAAUUCCAGUUUUCAAGAAAGAGCUGCAAAUGAAGUUUCUCCGAUCAAAGGAAACCUUGAGGUGAAAAGCUCUUUGGAGCCUGAUACUACGGUUGAAAAGUCCCCUGUUCGUUCAUGUGAACUCACCCCUUCUAACGUACACGAUAAGCAUAACAACAAUGUAACUGGAAGUUCUCUUAGUGGGGAUGAAAAUAACUUGACCACAGAGACUUUGGUGAAAAUUCAGAAAGCAUUUUCUGAGUCUGGAAGUAAUCUUCAUGCAUUGAUAAAUCACAGGCAGUCAUCAAUAACUAAUGUGGGGAAAGUAAAGCUAAAUGAAACAUCUUCUACAGAAUAUAGCCCGGAGAAAAAUCUAUUUGAAACUAGUGAUUUGACUGUGAUAGAAUCAGAUGAACAUCAAACUAAAACAGAUGAAAAUAGUUUUUCAGAACAAGACAUCUCACUACAUCAAACUCAAAAAUCGAAUGGAGAAGCAACUAUAACAUUUUACUCAACUCAUAUGAAGACUGAACAUGAGAAAAGCAUCCAUUCAGAUAUACCUAGAGAUCAUUCAGUCAAGCCAGAAUUGCCUAGUGAUGAACACAUAAAGAAACAGCAGUCCCCAAGGGAUAAACUAAAUACUCAAUUAAAGGAGAAUGAGAAUAUGAUUGAAGAGAACUUCUUACUGAAAUGUGCAGCUUCUAGGGAGGAUGCAGCUGACCUCUCUUCCUCAGAGCAGAUUACACGUAAUAUAACAAACUUGCCAGAACCGAGGCCUGUGAGAAUCAUUCAGCAGCAGUCACUGGGGGGAACCUGCCAUACAACCAGCCCUGAAAGCUCACAAAUGACAGAGCACGGGAGGGUGUCAGACCACAUACAGUGGUUUAACAAGCUUUCUCUCAACGAACCAAAUAGGACCAAAGUUAGGUCACCUCUUAAGUUUCAGCGUACACCUGUCCGUCAGUCUGUCAGAAGGAUUAACUCCUUGUUGGAGUAUAGCAGACAACCUGUAAGGCACAAAUCGGCAAGUCUUGGUGAUGCCGCUUCUCCUCUGGUUAAAUCAGUGAGCUGUGACAGUGCCCUUUCCUCUGGUACAGAAAGUACAUCAAAAGAUUCGUUGAUUUCAUGUACCAAAGCAGGUCCUAAAGAACAGAAGUUUACAGCAUGUGAACAGCCAAAUGUUGAUGCAAUUUCAAAAUCCGGCAUGGAGUUAACUUACAAGUCUUUUUCAAGGAUGAAGAGGUACCCAGACUCCAAGAAUGCUUCUCUUGGGUCUACCAGAAUUUGUAAACAGGAAGUAGUAUCUGAUGAUCAAAUUAAGGUUCCCUUGGAUGACCUGACAAAUCAUGACAUAUUAAGAUCUGUUGUAAAUAAUAAUAUGGGCUUUUCUCCUGGGAUAAAUACCAGAGUCCUUAGGAAACCGUCAGAAAAAGAAAGGGUCUGGUAUAAAGGUUCUCCAAAAAAUCCUAUUGGCAAAGCUCAGCUACUACCAACGAGUAAACCUGUAGACUUGUAA